AUGUCGGGUCCCGGUGUCGGUUUCGAGUACCCCCCGCAAGAGGUCUCGUGGCUAAAGCGAGAUGUUCUCUUGUUUGCCAACAGCAUCGGCUGUACCGCAGACGAGCUUCAUUAUCUCUAUGAGCUUCACCCCAAAUUCGCCGCCUUCCCUACGUAUCCCAUCGUUCUGAGCUUCAAGGGAGCGACGCAGGAAGUCGUUGACUUCUAUGCCUCGUCCAAGGCUGUCAAGAUUCCCAGCGUCCCCGAAUUCGACUACCGCCGCGUAGUUGAUGGCCAGCGAAAGAUUGAGUUCCUCAAGGCCAUCCCCACCUCGUCCCAAGGCAGAAAAUUCGAAUCUAGAACCAAGGUUCUGGGUGUCUACGACAAGGGCCGACCCGGCUCCGUCCUCGAGGUCGAGACUGACCUUGUCGACGCGGCCACCGACGAGGUCUACACCCGAGUCACCUCAAGCUCAUUCUUCGUCGGCCAGGGUAACUGGCACGGCCCCAAAGGGCCGGCUACCAAGAACUUCCCCCCUCCCAAAGACAAGCAGCCCGAUGCCGUGCUGGAGCAUCAGACCUCUAACGAGUCCGCUCUGCUGUACCGCCUGAACGGCGACUAUAACCCUCUGCAUGCCACACCCGAGCCGGGUCAGAAGAUGGGCUUUGGCGGCGCCAUUCUGCACGGUCUGUACUCCUGGAACACAACUGCGCACCUGAUUCUCAAGACUUUUGGCGGCAGCGACCCGGCCAAUAUCAAGGAGUACCAGGCUCGCUUCGCCAGCCCCGUCAAGCCGGGCGACAAGCUUGUCACGCGAGUGUGGCGCACGGGCGAAAAGCAGGCCGGCUUUGAGGAGAUUCGCUUCGUGACCGAAGUCGCGGGCGGCAAGGUGUGCUUGAGCAACGGUCGCGCUCUUGUCAAGGUGGUUGCUGGUGGUGCUCCAAGCAAGCUAUGA